AUGACUGUUCUGUUAUUUAGUAAGCAUAUGCUGCAGGGUGCAAUGACUAGGCAGGAGCCUAUCCAGGCUGUGCAGACCUUUGGUCGGAAGAAGACGGCUACAGCGAUUGCUCAUUGCAAGAAGGGUCGAGGUCUGAUUAAGGUCAACGGUCGACCGCUCGAGCAUUUGGAGCCUCAGAUUCUUCGCAUGAAAUUGCAGGAGCCUCUUUUGGUCGUGGGUAAAGAACGCUUCCAAGAUGUUGAUAUUCGAAUUCGCGUUAGCGGCGGUGGUCAUGUAGCACAGAUCUAUGCUGUGAGACAAGCACUCGCCAAAGCAUUGGUCGCAUACUACCACAAAUAUGUUGAUGAACAGAGUAAAAAAGAGCUGAAGGAUCAGCUUUUUGCUUACGAUAAAGCCCUGCUUGUUGCCGAUCCUCGUCGCAGCGAGGCGAAGAAAUUUGGAGGACCUGGAGCACGUGCUCGAUACCAGAAGUCCUACCGUUGAUUUGUUGUUGUUGUUGGUAAAAGUAAAUUGUUUGGUACUUUCCAGUUAAGCCAUGAGAGAUACCAUUGAUGUUGGUAUCAUUUAGAGCUCUAUAUACCUAU